AUGUCAAACGGCCACAAUAUUGACGAGUCAUCUGACAAUGACCAAGAAUCUAUUCUUGAAUUUGAAAGAUUGGAGUCUACUUUACCUCCUGCAUUGAGGAGAUCAGCCUCUUCUUUAUUGGAAGCAAUUCAGUCAACACCGACUCCACUGCAAACUCCAGGAAGCCACGUAAAUGCUCACAUCCAGCAGGAUCACACAAUUAGAUCUCCUCAACCACAACACCCAAGAGAAUUGAUUACUCCGUCUGGAACACCUCAGUAUCAAACAGUUCCAGGAAGAAAUGCCACUGCAACACCCAAUUUAAAGAAUGCAAAUUACAGACAGACGCUUAUUAGCAGGUUAUCCAAGUCGGAAAAUGGGAGAGAAGCAUCCCCAAUUCCUUUACCAAAGCCAAAGUUUGAUGAAAACAUCUUUAAACCUGCUAUGAACUCCAAAAACUCAUCAACAGGUGUGCUUUGGGCAACUGAAAGAGCAGCAGAUUACGGAUACGACUCUGAACAUGUUGGAGAUUGGGCUAAUUUGGGUCAAGGUGCUCCUGAGCAUGGGGACACGAUUCCCGGAUCGUUUCCAAGACCAAAGACUAUUAAUGUGCCAGAUUGCUCAAGAGAGUACGCCCCUACUGCAGGUAUUAAGGAGUUGAGAGAAGCAGUGGCAAAUUUCUACAAUGAGACAUACAGAACUAAAAAGGGCAGCAAGUACACGUACAAAAAUGUUUGUAUCGUUCCAGGAGGAAGAGCAGGGUUGACAAGAAUUGCAUCAAUUAUUAGCGAUUGUUACUUGUCCUUCUUUUUACCAGAUUACACUGCGUAUGCUGAAAUGUUGUCAUUGUUUAAAAACUUUUCACCAAUUCCAGUCCCGUUAAAGGAGGCUGAUAAUUAUGAAAUUCAUUUGAAAAUGAUCAAGGAGGAAUUGACUAGGGGUGUUAGUGCUUUGUUGACGUCAAAUCCAAGAAACCCAACUGGUCAUUGCAUGAAACCAGAACAGUUGCACCAGCUUCAUAAUAUGUGUCGCGAAAAGUGUUUGUUGAUUAUGGAUGAAUUUUAUUCGCACUACUAUUACGAUGGUGGUUGCGAUGGAUCAUCAAUCAGUUCUGCUGAAUUCGUCGAAGAUGUAAAUCGUGAUCCAGUUUUAAUCUUGAAUGGAUUAACAAAAGCAUUCAGAUUACCUGGGUGGAGAAUUUGCUGGGUUUUGGGUCCAGAGGAUUACAUCAAUGCAUUGUCGUCUGCUGGGUCCUUUUUGGAUGGUGGAUCAAAUGCGCCUUUCCAAUAUGUUGCUAUUGAUUUUUUGCAGCCACUUAAGGUGAAGCGUGAAAUGAAAGCGUUGCAAUUGCACUUUAAGAUGAAGCGAGAUUACAUUCUUGAUAGAUUAUCCAAAAUGGGCUUCAAAUUCACCGAAAAGACCAUCCCAAAUUCUACCUUCUAUCUCUGGCUCAAUUUGUCCCACUUACCAGGGAAAUUAAGCAACUGUUUGGGUUUCUUUCAUGAGUGCUUACACGAAAAGGUGAUUGUUGUUCCUGGAUUCUUCUUCUUGAUAAAUCCACAAAAUUUGAGCCACUUAGAGGAGGUUAUUUGGUAUAAUUAUGUGAGAAUUAGUUAUGGACCUGAGCUCCACCAUUUGGAAAAAGGUAUGGAUGGUAUAGAGCGCAUCUUGGACAGAUUCGGUUGUUUACCAUAUGAAAUUAAGUAG